AGAGAACUCUAGUCUUAUGGCCUGAUUUGUUGUUUAUCCGUUGUAUUAAUUUAGUUACAAUAGUCCUGUUUCAGACCUUUCGCGAUCCAUCACGCUGGUCCCGUGGUAAGAAAUACAAAUUUAUUUAACAUAGAACAAUUAAAUUUUAUCAAUUUCAAAUAUUUUGACCAAAUGUUCAUAUCUGUAGUCAAAUUGUAGAGUGUGUUACAGUUACAGUGUGAGAGUGUACGCCUACGCCUUAACUUAGUAACUUAGUGUAAGUGACAUUUUUAGUUUUAGACUUACUACUUACACUUACACUGUCUACAUUCUACAACAUUAACUUUAAUUACUUUAUUAAACAGUAUCGUCUGACUCGAUCACAUAGUGUAGUUUCACACUUGCUUUCGUCCAUUGCAACAGAUUUCAGUGAUUUUUUAUUGACCGAGUUCAGGCAAGCUCCAAGAGUCAAGAGUAAGAGUCAAAGAUUAGUGAUUAGGCUAUUCAAGGCUAUUGCCUUAGAUGCCAUAGUAUUGCUUUUGGUUUGUGAGUUACUUUUCCUAUUUAUUCAAAUUAAAAUCAAAGUGAUUCAAUUUAAGAAAGUAAUCUAUUUUAAAUUUAUUGGUAUGCUAAAGAAUGAGCAGGAAAACAUUAAAUCAUUAAUAUUAAUAGUAAAGUAGAAGUCUUAAGUAUUAGUUUAUCAUUGUUGUCGAACCAGUUUUCAUAGUGAUUGUUUUGAAAAAAGAGACUCACAAUUCUUUUACUAAUAGGCUUAAUAGGACUUUGUACUAGACGAAUAUAAAGUCAAUGAUAAUCAUAGUGUACUUUGUUAAUGAUGACUUAAGUAGUGCAUCUUAUUUCAUUAAUUGAACUCACCCCAUGAGGGGCAUCCAGCACAUAGCUCAUGCAUGCCUGAAAGACCUUCCUUUUGUUGAUGAUAUAAAAUAUAAGAGCAAUGGAGAAUUUGAAGAAUAUGUACAAAGCAGUUCUAGGAAUUUAUUUCAAUAGCUGCACAUAAUUUGUUUAAUGCAAAUAUAUAUCAAGGAUCAAUAGGGAUAGGAAGACCCAAAAUUAAUAAUAAUAAUAAUAAUAAAGUUCAUUUCAAAAACACGCUUCAUCCCCAAAGGCUCGAAGCGCGGUACAAAGUCAACAAAAAACAAAUCUAUAGUUUACCACAUUUAAAACAAACGCAACACGACAAAAACUAAGUACAAGCAUACAAUGGCAAAGUCUUUCUAGCCAUUUCAACCAUAAGCAACANAACAAAUCUAUAGUUUACCACAUUUAAAACAAACGCAACACGACAAAAACUAAGUACAAGCAUACAAUGGCAAAGUCUUUCUAGCCAUUUCAACCAUAAGCAACACAGCCAUUAUGCAUUAACUGGAAAAUAAUGUUGACAAUCAUUUACAAUCAUGUUGACAAUUACCUGGGCAAGAGAUGUCAACAAAGAUCUGGAGAGACCUAGAGGAGAUAGCUAGUAACUUGUAGGCUUGGAAAGACAUUGUUUAAGGCCUAAGCUCCACUGGGAGUUGAAAAGGCACAGAAGAAGAAGCACAUAUUCACCUUAUGUGACAAUAUAGAUAUAUGUUUUUCAUAUUUUUUAAAAUUACCUUAAUAUUUUUUGUUUUGUUUUUUAGGUAAUCUUAUGAAAUGGCUUCUGCCAGAAAAGAAAAAAAUGAAAAUGGAUUAAAUGGGCAAGACAUUGUGGCUUUGCACACACAAACUGCACAUGAUUGGCAAACAGAGAAACGUAUUCAUAAGGAUUUCUAUGAUGAUGGCACUUUAACAUUUUUUUGGUAUGAUAGAAAACUAAAUUUUGAAAAUUGAAAUUCUUUUAAGAACUCUAAAUUUCCAUCCAUUUGAUAUUUUUAUACAAAUAUAAAGUAACAAGCUGGUCAACGAUUGUAUUAAUAUACUCAUAUACUCAAUUAUUAUUAAAAACUGGAUGUCAUACAAGCAUUUGGCAACAUUUUAUUAAAUUGUUGAUUUCAUUAAAUCUUAAUGAAUAAAACUUGUAGACUCAAGAAAUGAACAUAGCUGUUCUUUACCUUAAAUGCUCCCUGAAGAGAUUAAGUUUCAUUUUUUGCUGUUAAAAUAUUAUUAAUUAUUUCCACAUUACUUUAAAGACAUGACAUGGUUUUAUCUUGAUAAUUUUUCUUUCAGGAGGGCUCACACUAUUUCAGCUCUUGUUGUCUUCAGUGGAGUACUGGUUUACGUCGCCCUCGUUGAGGAACCAUCCCCUGACAGGGUUUACAAUGCUAAAAGGUGGGAUCAGUGAUAUUUUAUGGAAUAUGACUCACUGUUAAAUUUUCAUUAUAAUAACUCAACUCAGGUUGAAAAAAAAAAAAAAAAAAAAGUUACCAAUUUUUUUUUGAUUACAAUGCUAAAAGGUGGGAUCAGUGAUAUUUUAUGGAAUAUGACUCACUGUUAAAUUUUCAUUAUAAUAACUCAACUCAGGUUGAAAAAAAAAAAAAAAAAAAAAAGUUACCAAAUUUUUUGUAACCAUUAAAAAUUAUUUUUCAGAAAAGUAAAAUGCUAAUAAAUAUUCACAUGUUUUGGGCUUACAAGGUAAACACUUUCUGUUAAAGGUUUUUGGUUUUAAUUUUUGGAAAAUCCAUGUUUUAAUACCAAUAUUUUUUAUUGGGUACAAAUUUCAAUUAAUAUUUACAUCUAAAUUUAACCAAAUAGUUGUGUCUUAGUACUGCCUAAUUAUUGAAUAGGUUCUGGAUGUCAUUGUGCAGAGCAACUUAUCUAUGUAUACUUUAGAAAAAGUUGCCUAAGAUGGAAAACUUGUGCUAAAAAUUAUUUACUUCGGCAUGGCGUUAGACUAUUUCAAAAAGGGAAUCAGAAUUGUGAUUUAAAAUGUUUUGACUGCUUUUUUGCCUGUGUCUCAGCUUUAGUGUUUGCAAAAUGGUUCCAAUUAUGGCAGCUUAAGUGUUACAUUUUUAGACUUUAUGAGGCAGGUACAUUAAGGUUACAACUCCUUACUCAAAGAAGGUUGUUGAAACAGUGGUGAAGCAAAUCAGCUCUUUUUUAGUCAUCUUGCCCUGAUGACCAACUUUAGUCUCAAAUGUCUUCUUACACAUGUCUCAGCCCUACAGGUUUAAGUCUAUUGUACAAUAAAAGUAUAUCUUCUUUUGAUUUCAUGAACUAGAGGAGAAACACUAAACAUGAUUUUUGUCUAAUGCUUAAUUGCUUAAGAUAAAACAUUUAACUGUUAAUACAUUUUUGGAUUUAAAAGAAAAGAGUAAGAACUGUUUGCAAUAUUUCAGUGUUUGUCAGGAUUAUCAACCUUUGCGAAUUGCACUGUUUGCCAUUGUUCAUCAUAUAUCGGAAGCAUUUAGCCUUUGCAUAUAUAUUAGGCAGAUUCUGAUGGUCCCCCAAUCUUUAUGUCUAUACCAUGUAAAAUUGUCUAUGAAAAUAGCUUUUGAUUUAUGCUAAAAAUGAAAGUACAAAGUUAUUCUUGGCUUUUCAUCAGAGGGCUUUUUGCCAUUAUUUUGGCUUUCUUGUUUUUUGGAGUAAUCAACACACCAGAUGGUCCAUUUAUCAGACCUCAUCCUAGUAAGUUCUUGAAUCUUUUGCUAUUUAAAUGUUUUUUAAAUUUCUUAUUAUAUAGUUAUAACAAACUUUUUUCCUACUUUUAGUGGGAUGAACAAAAUCAACAUUAAAGUUAAGCAAACACUCUCACAGAAAGUUUGCUACCUGUCAUAUAGCUAUUGAUCAAGUCCACCUAACCAAACAUGGAUAUGUAAAGAUAAGAAUUACUCAUUGUAAGCUUUCAACAUAUCAGAAGUGGCAUGGAAAGCCUGAACUAAAUACUUGUUAUAUUAAUUAUGCCCCUGAAUACCUGGAUAUAAGGUCACAUACAUUGAGUUUUAAGCAUUGAUAAACUGACCCUAUUAUGACUUAAUAAUUUUUGUUUAAAUAACAUAUUUGUGUGUCGAGUUUUUGUUUAAACUAUCUAUUAAAAAUUGGUGGGUUUUUUUCAGUAUUAUGGCGUUUGAUUCUAUGCAUGAGCAUUGUCUAUGAAUUAUCAUUGGUCUUUCUGUUGUUUCAGGUAUGUGAAUUAUUUUAUGUUGUACAUAAUAAUGGAUGUUAGAUUAUAAUAUUAAUUAUAGACCUAGUUGUAAUUGUAAUACUUUAAAAAAAAUAUACUUUUCAAGACUUUAAGAUUCUGUUGCUACUUUAGAACUACAUUUAUUAAGUAUUUUUGCUUGUUUUUUUUUGUCAGAAACAUUUAGAAAAGAUGGCAUUAAUGGAUGAAUGCCUUCAGUUAAUAAUUUUUGGCAUUGAAAAAUAUAUUCUGUGAGGAUCUUUUGAAUAAGCUUUGAGAUUUUAGAUUUUUUGUGAGCUGGGAUAUACACUUUAUUCAAGAUGUUAAUAAGAAUCUAUUUUAUGACUUCUCAGGAUGUCCAUUCAGCACGUGUCCUCUUGAGACAUUUUGAUGGAACUCUGGGACAGCCUCUCCCAGAAAAAGACUAUGGUGGAAAUUGUCUUAUAUAUGACUACAAUCAUACAGAUCCUUUCCACAAUAUGUGGGUACGUGCUUCUGAACCAUCAUUAGCCGUCAUUCAUUUAUAUGUUAAAAAAUCCAAUUUUUUCAACCGCCAAUUAAGAUUUUUAAAAGCAAAGAAAUGAUAUGAAAAAGGAUCUGUGUUUUAUGCAUGUCCAUUACCAUCGACAUCAUUUGAACGUUUAUUGUAACUGAUUGAAGAAAAAUAAAAGUCUGACCCUUUGUUUUUAUUAUCAGGACAAGUUUGAUGGUUUUGUUCCAACGCACUUUUUUGGUUGGUGGCUCAAAGUAAGUACUUGCUGUUGACGUAAAUACCAUUCACUCACCACUGUCACUGGUCUAAGCAUUGCCAAGUGGUAGAUGGAAGUUAGCGUUAUGUUUAAACUUGUUUUCGUUAAUCUCAAGAUGAUAAAAAAAUGUUUUAAUGCACUAUGUUUUGAUUUUUUUUUCUUCACACUUUCCAGACUUUGAUUUUAAGAGACUGGUGGCUGUGCACAGUUUUGAGCAUAAUGUUUGAGAUUUUGGAAUACACUUUAGAACAUCAGCUGCCCAACUUCAGUGAAUGUUGGUGGGACCAUGUAAGAAACUUUUCACCCCCACCCUUUUAUAAAAAAAAAAAUGUACAUGUUGCAAGAACACACACAUAUACUUUUGUAAAAGCUUAACCAGUUCUUAAUAAUUUAAGAGAAAAAUUAUUUGAAUACAACAAAUAAAAAAAACAAAAAAUAUAAAUAUGUGCUAACAAUGGCAUUCAUGGAUUUAAAUUGUAUCAAUAAAUAUUCUCUAAAAAUUAUUUGAUUUCAUAUGGUUGUGUUUGCCAGCCCUAUAUAUUAUAAUUUUUUUGUCUAGAAGUCAGUGUUAUUGUAACAAUUGGAUAAUUAAAUAUUUGGGAUUCUUUCCUUGACAGUGGAUCAUGGAUGCUAUUCUGUGCAAUGGUUUAGGCAUCUAUUUAGGGAUGAAAACAUUGAACUAUUUGAGCAUGAAGCCAUACCACUGGCGGGGAAUGUGGAAUAUUCCAACCUACAGGUAAGUUCUAUAUUUAUUGUACUAGUGUUACUAUGUUACAAUUUUUUUUUUUUUCCACAAAUAUUAACUAAAAUUGUUGUUCAGAAGGUAAAAUGAAAAGAAAAAAAAAAACUUUUCAGAAGAAAACAAAAUUGUGUUUUAAAUCUUGUAAGUUUAUUUCUUUUUCCAAAUAUAACAUCUUGAAUUCAAACUAAAAUGACACAACUCUUUCGCUGCAUAACUUUUCAAAUGAAAAAAUUUACAUUUUUGUCAAAGAGCAAAAAAGAUUGAGAGGUUGGGUUAUUAAAUAUUAAAAAUAUUAUUGUUUAGUUUACAAGGCUAAAUUUGGUAUCAAAUGAAAGAUUUUGAAUGUACUAUAUGUUUUUAAACUUUUUUCUUCAGUUUAACUAAAAUAAGUAACAGAGAAGAAACUUAAAAUUAAAAUGUGAAAACAUGAUAUGCAAAAAUUUUUUCCCCAAGCCCUUUGAUUUAGUGAUAUAUCAACUUCACUGCUAUAACUCAAAUACUCUAAAACUCCUGCUAUCGGAAUCAUGCUAUGGAUCUAAAUCAUCUUCACUAACAAAAGAAAUAAUAUAAAUCAUUUCCAAAACUUUUUGAGCUGUUAAUCGUCUAGCUGAGGGUAGCUAUAGCAACAGUAUUGAUAAAGAAGAAAAAAAACAGCAAAGAAUAUAAAUAAAAUAAUACUUCAAAUGACAACAAAUAAACCUUGGUUUGGAUCAUAAGCAAUGAAUUACCACUCUUCAAUGUAAAAAUCUAAUUUAAAAAAAUAGCUCUUAACCGAGAAAUAGCAAAGAAACAACUAUGAUAAUGAAACAGCAAACAACGCGUUGGUCUGUGCUUUUAAAUAUGGCAGAUGAAGGUACUGUGCAUUGCGCCACAGUGAAAGAGUUCAUUUCAUAACUAUUUAUACUUGAAUUGUUUAUUAUAAAUUUGUCUUGUUGUCUCUGUUUAGGGGCAUGUUAAAGAGACUUGCUCAGCAAUUUACACCUCACAGUUGGAUGGACUAUGACUGGAAGCCCACAUCAAGCCUCAAACGAUGGCUUUCAAUGCUAUUUGUUAUAGCUAUUGUAGGUUUCUAUAGUUUUUAAAUUUAUUUCAUUUUCUCCUCAUUGUGUAGAUUUUUUUUUUUUUUUUUUUUUUUUUUUUUUUUUUUUUUUUUUUUUUUUUUUUUUUUUUUUUAUUUUUUUUUUUUUUUUUUUUAUAAAAAAAAAUUUAAAAGAUUUUUUAUUUUUUAUUUAUUUUUUUUUUUUUUUUUUUUUUUUUUUUUUUUUUUUUUUUUUUUUUUUUUUUUUUUUUUUUUUUUUUUUUUUUUUUUUUUUUUUUUUUUUUUUUUUUUUUUUUUUUUUUUUUUUUUUUUUUGUAAUUCAGACUUACUAAAUUUCUUAUCUGCAUGAUUAGUAAAACAAAAUUAGAAGGCAUUUAAGUUUUUAAGCAUGUCUUAUUCACUUUUUCUUAUUUUUGUUGUCUUUUCAUUUUACAAAAGAACAAAUUGGUUAUAUUUUUGCACUUUCAGUUUUUGCUUGCCGAACUUAAUACAUUUUACCUGAAAUUUGUGUUGUGGAUUCCACCGGAGCACUAUCUGUGUCUCAGUCGACUGGUCUUCUUCCUGUUUAUGGGAGCGGCUGCUAUGAGAGAAGUCUUUCAAUAUUUGGAUGAUCCGUAAGCCAUGUUUUCACCCAAGACAGUGGAAAAUAAUCUAAUGGAAGUCUCAGUGAACUAAAAUAAAGGGUCUUAUUUUAAGCUCAUCAAAUUUAUGGCACUUUCAGUUAGGCUGCGACUAUUCGCACCCCGGUAUCAGACGUGAGAGGUUGGGAUUAAAAUACUAUUUAAAAUAUUAUUGUUGGGUUUGUAAGACAAAAUGAGGUAUCAAAUCAAAGAUAAUUGAAUGGACUAUAUGUUUGUAAACUUACUUCUUCAGUUGAGCUAAAAUAAACUACCACAAAUGACAUCCGAAUGGGAUUUAGUCUAAAGGGCCCCGGUUCCGAAUAGUGGCUAUGCGCACCUCUCACUUCUGAUACCCGGGUGUGAAUAGCCACUUCGUUUCAGUUAUGUCUUUUUGGGAUUAAAAAUAGUCCCUUAACUCUUUCCUGCUGGAAAAAUGAAUCUUUUUUUUUUUCUUUUUAAAUCACACAGAUUUACGCCAUCUCUGAAGUCUUCGGUUGGGGGGGGGGGUAUGUGUAUGAAAUAAGAGAAGUGUAUUAGGAUGCAGCACGUGGGGCGCCCCGAAAGGGGCAUUUAGUUUUAAUUGCAUCUGGCAGGAAGGGGUUAAUAUUUUUUUUUUUUUAUUUUUUAAUUCCACCAAUUUUCCCCGUCUCCUAAUGCUUUUGUUUGGGGGGGGGGGUAUGUGUAUGAAAUAAGAGAAGUGUAUUAGGAUGCAGCACGUGGGGCGCCCCGAAAGAGGCAUUUAGUUUUAAUUGCAUCUGGCAGGAAUGGGUUAAUAUUAGACAUUUAAUAAUCCAAGGGGUUAUGAUUUUGUUACUAAAAGGAUUAGAAUUGUAUAUGCUAAUGAAAAUUGAAAUUAAAGAAGAAAAAAUACUAGAGAAAAAAAAAUGAUCAUUAAUAUAGUACAACUAGUAUAAGACACCAACAAGUAAAUAAGACACCAACAAGUAAAUGAGACACUAGAUAUUGUUUGAUGUGUUAUGUGUUUAUAGUCCUUGUUGUGCUUAGAAUUACUAAAUUGCAAGAAAUCUUUUUGUAGCUUUUUUUUUUUCUCCUUUCAAAGCACAAAGUAGCGCUAGUGGUUUUGCUCAAUUAGUACACACUAAUGUAAAAGUUCUUUUAUUUUAAUUACCUUUUGUUAUUCCCAUAAUCCAUUUUCAAACACACUAAUGGCGUCACCAAUUUAGCAUUCACUGGAAAAUGCUUACCAUUCUUUCUUACAACACUUUAACAAAAUUCUACAAAUUUUGAUUUAUUUUAACCCACAAUACUGCAACAAAUUUCAACUAAUGCCCUUUCAUUUUUUUGUUUAUCGACACUAGAUUUAUCAUUUCACAUCACAGUUGUAUAAUUUUCCUCACUCAAUGGUUCUAUGUUGACACGUCUCUAGAAAGUGCAAGAAGUUUGGUCGCCAGUCAUGGGUCAUUGCUGCUAUCAUCAUUACCGAGUUUCUGAUUGUGCUCAAAUUUGACUGGAACACAGUGACUAAGCCGUUACCUGGCCCCAUCGCUGUGUUUUGGAUCCUUGGCGCCUCAUGCCUUGUUAUCUGGACUGUGCUUAAGUUUUACAUCCUGAAGGUAAAUCAAUAUUUAAAAUCCAUAACUGUGUCUCUUUAUAAAUGUUUCAUUUUAAAAUUAUUAUUAGUGAGCGCAGAGUUUAAUAGACUGCUGGGCAAUCAGUUAGUUACCCUGAUUAUUUUACAAUUUUAUACUGGGAAAUUGGUACUGUAUGGCUCUGUUGCUACUUAAGACGGUGACCAUGAUAAGAUUUAAAUCUGCUCUGUUGAAAUUUAGCAUUCCAUAAUAUGUCAUACUGGCUGAGCCAGAACAUCAACAUAACACCACACAACCUCCACAACUCCACAAAUACGGUUAGUCAUUUAAUGGCGGAAAUCUAUUAAUAGAACAUACGGUUGUACAGUCUGGCCAAUCUCAUUAAGAUAUUAAUAAAACAUAAAACAUCCUGUCAUUCCGUUUGGCUAAUCUCUCAACAGCUUAGGUCUUUCUACGUUAAUGUGAGCCAGCAUUGUGGGCUUUAACCCAGACGAAAACAUAUUUGUACAAAAGAUUUUACAAACAAAUUGUUACUGCUAGAUGCAUGCGGAAAUACAUUGUUAGAAAGCCAUGUUUUACAAAUUACAUUGUCUAAAAAUAGUAACAUGACAUAAUGUGAUGUGACUUUUUCGGGUCUUACAAAUGAUAAACCCUACAGGAAAUAGUUAACUUAUUUAUGUUUUAAUGAGGCCCAAGUGAAGCAUAGGACUUACCAAACUGUCACUUUUAAAGCUGUGCACAUAAAAUAUAUGAAUUUACCUGAGCACACAAACCAAUUGGGUAGAACUUAGCUCCUUACAAUGCAUCAGAUUGAUGGAUAAAAGAAAAAAAUUAUUUAAAAUAGUGGACCAUUUCAUCACGACCAACCUACAGAUUGAGUGGGGCACGCCCUACAGUUUGAGUGGGGCACACCCUACAGUUUGAGUGGGGCACACCCUACAGUUUGAGUGGGGCACACCCUACAGUUUGAGUGGGGCACACCCUACAGUUUGAGUGGGGCACACCAUACAGUUUGAGUGGGGCAAACCCUACAGUUUGAGUGGGGCACACCCUACAGUUUGAGUGCGGCACGCCGUAAUCAUGUGUAAUGAUGGAAGUCUCAGCAUGCAGACAUUGGGUAAAGCUAGACCUGGCUUUGCGUGCUACUGGGAGCAAUCAUUUCCCUGUUGUAAAUGUUGGCAGCUUGCCACUAGUGCCAGCAGUACUUGUCAUGUUAAACUGAAAAGAAAUCACAGAGGAGCUCAAUAUUUUAUUUCAAGCAUUUCAAAAAAUUAUGUUUUUUGGAAGGUAAGCUGCACCAGCCUCCCUUUUGAAAACGCUGCACCAAAAAAAAAAACAGAAAAAGGUUAAGAACCCUUGAAUUUGAAAGAUAUUUUAUUACCAUCUCACUAAUUGCAUCAUGGCAUCUCACACUACACAAAUUUCUGGAAUCCAACUAUGGCCUACUUGAACACAAAGUAAUGAAUGUUUCUCCCUGCACAGGAUGUGAAACAUGAUAUACCAGCUAAGCUGAAAGAGGAAGGAGAUUCUGGUGGUGACAACAACUCUUUGCGUGAUCAGUCAGCUCCCAGGACAUUGAUACGUCGGCUGGCCAGGAGGACAGACUGAAGACCACCCGAAUGAUAGCCUAAACAUGGGGAUUCCUGGAGAAGAUAUUUUUAUUGUGUUGCAAAGUGGAGGGAACUAUCCCAAGAGGUCUCUGGCAAUUCGGGUGUGUUUGGUUGAAGUGUGUGUGAGAGCUUUAUAGUGUUGACAUCCAGAAUGAUCUUUUUGAAUAUUUGAUAUUGUUUGGCCUCAGAGAUUGAUCAAAUGGUGAGAUUUUUAUAUGAAAACGAGGUGUGUCCAAGUUUUAAAAGUAUUAUAAGAAUCGGCUGCAUAAUUUUUUGAUAUGUUUACUCUAGAAGAAAAAAAUCUAUACAUUUAAUAGAUGCGGAUCUCUUUAUUUUGUGUUUUUCCUUAGCCGGCCAUCAUCAAAAUGCUAUUACUAGAAUAAAUAUACCAUUAUAUAUAAUUUAAUUUAUAUUUUAAAAUUUUAAUUUAAUCAUUGCAAUGUCUACAGGUGUUAAUUUUACAAUAUAAAAUCUGAAAUGGGAGUUUUUCUUCAAUUUUUUUUCUGAAAUAGUAAAUGAACAUUCUAACAGUGUAUAUAGCAUUUUAUUUUGGACUGCCUUUCAACUUUUGGUCUUGCUUCAUCUUGGAUUAACUUCUGAGGUUAUAGAAUUGAACAUUAAUUUUUCAGCUGCAUUGAAAUUUAAAACUUUUUUUGCCAUUUUCUCAGCUGCCAUCUGUUUGGGGAUUGAUUGAUCCACAAUGAAACAAUAGGUCAACCACUGAUUUUUUUUUUUUUUAGUCUAUUUCUUAUUAUUUAACAUUUAGACCUGGAAUGCACUUUGCAGUGUUAAAGAUGCUGUUAGAUCAUUAGUGGACCCUUUUUCUCCGUGAAACUGCUGAACAAGAACAUUUUUGUUUAGGGAUGAAGAAUUUCACAGUUUUAAAUUUGACCCUUGUUAAUUUUUCUCCAUAUACAGGUAACAACAUUUGCAGUUUUUUUUUUUUUUUUAUUUUUUGUCAGGUUAAAAAAAAAAAAAUUUCAAAAUUUUUUUUUUGUUUAAGGAUAAAAAAUUUCAAAGUUUUAAAUUUUUUUUUUUUUAAUUUUUUUCCAUAUAAAGGUAACAACAUUUGCAGUUUUUUUUUUUUUUUAAUGAUUGCCAGGUUAAAAAAAAAAAAAUAUCAAAACUUUAAUUCCAUGAACACCCAUGGUGUAUCUUCAUAUUUUUUUUGGACCACACAUGUCAUAUUUUCAUAUUUUGUAGAACCCAUUUGUGGAUUCUUCAAAUAUUGUUUGUGAAACACUAAACACGAUGAGAUUUGAUUUGACUGUAGAAUAUAACUCUGGUCGGUCAUUUCAUUAAGAUAUAUAUUGGAUCAAAUCCUUAACUAAAACAAAUAUCAAUCUAUUUCUUGGUCAUCAUCCCCCCUCCCCUUUUUUCCUGAGACCGUUCAUUUACUCACAUUUGAUGUUUAUUUAUUUCAACUCUUUUAGUUGUGCAUUUAUUGAUCAAAAUCUUAACAUUUUAUCAGCUAAAGCCUGCUUAAGCUUAACGAAAAAGCAAGUUCUUUAAAAUGUGUUCUUAAGUCUUUAUGAUUAAAUAAGGAGGUGAGAAACCAGAGUCCCACCAUGUUUCUUAUGAAUGUUUUUUUUUAAAAUUUAUUUAUCUCCUUUCAUUUUGACCCCUUUAAAAUAUUUUUAACCUUUUCUUAUGAAACAAAUACUUGUUGGUUCAGUUUCAUAUAAAAUCGUCUCAUUUUGUUCAAAACUGUGCAAAUUUCUAACUAAACUUGUGUUCAGAGUGACUUCUCAUACUGAUAUGAUGGAAAAAGAGUUGCGUUAAGUUGCAAUAAGUGUAGGAUAGCAUAAAUGUAAUAAUUGAAUUGAUAAAUUUGAUGAAUCUACUAUUUCAAAUUAUUUUCUUUGGUGUCAUGCAAAUAAAAAAAAUAAAAUAAAAUGUUUUAAAUUUGAUGGACAUUUUAUACCAUGGGGAAUAGUCCUAAAAAAAAAAAAAAAAUCGGCUUCUUCUUGCCUCCCUUACAACAUCUCGGUAACGUUUCAAAAGUUUUACAUUUUCAUUUGUGUUGGUCUUUCCUUGUUUGCUGAAGAAGGCUGCUUGUCGACACUUUGGUAUUGUUUGCUGAAGAAGGCUGCUUGUCGACACUUUCAUUUUGUUUGCGUCAUUUUUUUUUGUUUUGAGGUUUACCAUAAACUUGUUUCACCCAUUUCCUUGUUAAUGGAGCUGAGAUUUCUGAAAAUGCUUGAUAUAUUUUACACUCUGCUAGGGAAGCUAAGAUAUCAGAGCCUGUUUGUUAUGUUUUAUUCUUUCCUGUAUAGGAUGUUUUAUUUCCACACAUCUUGCACUUGUAUUUAGAUUUAUUCUUUAAUUGAUAUGCGUAUUGAAACUGUCCAAUUGCAAAGGUUCGCCUGUCUCCUCUCAAAGGAUUUUUAUAUAAGCUAAGAUUAUAUGUCUAUAAAAAUCUAAGUUUAUUAAAACUGUAUGAAUAUCAUGUUAUAUUGACCCAGCGGAGGUCAACUUGUACUCACUCCAGUCCAUCUACACAUACUCUUUGUCUGUACAUAAAGCUUUUCUUGCACAAAUAUUUAGAUGUGAUUCAACAACCAUCAAAGAGUAUUGCAUGUCAUAUAUGUUUAUGUGGCCAGGAUUUGACAAGUGUUGCAUGUCAUAUAUGUUUAUGUGGCCAGGAUUGGAUGAGCUGAUAAAAGCGCUUUUCAUUUUACUAUUUUUUUUGUUUUGUUUCACUCGUACUCUGCUCCAUUUAAGUUAAUAUACGCUAACCUGAAAUGAGGGUUAAAUGAAGUCAUUGUUUCCAAUGUUCAUCAAAAUGUUCAGAUUCAUAUCCUGAAUCUUUUUCAGAUUCAUAUCCUGAAUCUUUUUCAGAUUCAUAUCCUGAAUCUUUUUCAGAUUCAUAUCCUGAAUCUUUUUCAGAUUCAUAUCCUGAAUAUUUUUCUUGAGAUUAAUUUCUUUGCAUAACUUUGUACUGUCUCUCAUCCACAGGCAGGUGGCUUUUAAACCAAAUAUGUUCAUGUCAUGAUGACCCAUUCCACUGGCUUUCUUUGUUGUAGAGAUUGAUAAGGGCGGUUAAGGGGAUUACAAAUGAAACUUUCACAGAAGAUCUACGCUUACCUUAGAUGUCAGUAUGAGCUUAUAGCCUAAAAUGUUCUCCUUUCAGUUUCAGUAAAUAUUCUAUUCAUUUUGGGGCAUCUAAAAAAUUAUAAAGUUUAAAAGCCCAGUUAGGAAACAUCAUUUUUAGCAAAGGGAGGGAAAGCUUAUGAUUCUUAUCCUUUUCCUACAGGUUCACCCUAUAUUAAAAACAAUUUGUCUGAUUCACAGUGCUGGGUUUAGACUUUAGCUGACCAUGUUACAGCUUAAAUCUUCAUUAUUUUUUAAUCUUUAACCAUUUGGGAUAGCCCCUAGAUCAUAAAAACCUGAUGUUAAAAUCAAGUUUUAUUUUUAAAGUUUUUUUUUAAAGUAAAUGCACUGACACAUUUUUUAAUAAAUAUUUCCCAUGAAUUUUCUAAUUAUUUUCCAUUAAGGAGAAAUAGAUGUUAUUGUCACAUUUUUUUUUAAUUGCUUGGAAAAAAAAGUUUCCAAAAUUUAAAAUUGAAUUCUGCUUUUGAUGAAAUAUUGAGCCAAAGAAAAAAAAAAGACAAUAUUAUAAUACAUUCCAUGAUUUUAAAAUCAAAAUUAGUCAGGCAAAUCACCUUUAUUACAGUCAGUGUCUAUAGCCUGCUGUCUAUUUAUACAACCCUUGUUGGUAUAUGCAGAGAUCUAUCUGUUGUCUGUCCUAGCUUGGCAGCAAACAGGGAAUAUCUUGCCUAUUCAUCACUUGUUCAUCAAAUAAUUGGAUUCAGUUGAAGAAAAUGUCUGCAAGCAUGCUAGAUAAUCAAAAGUAAACCACUUUCCCAACAGAGCAACGUUGAAUGUUUUCAUCAUUGGUAUAUUAAGACUAAUUAUUGAAAUAUUUAAAAUUAUUGAGAGUGUUUAAGUGAAAUUGAUGUGUUUUCAUGAAUAUCUAGAUUUCAAAUAUCAAAAUCCAAUCAUGAAUGGUAUCUCUUCAUAAUAUAACACUGCAAUGUGAUAUAAAUCAAAUAAUGUUUUUUAUCAAGCAUGCAAUCAAUAUUCAGGAUACAGAACAGAGGUGACAAAAUGUUUUAAAAUAUGACAAAUGUAUAUAUAUUUUAAAACCUUUCUUUAUAAAAUGUUUACUUUUUGUUAUAAGUGACAAUUUUAUUUUUUAAGUUCUGCAGUCCCAUUCAAUGAAAAAUUUAGAAGUCCGUUUUCAAAUUUUGAAAAUUCAUUAUUAGAUUUAUAACUAUGCAUAACAAUUUGUAAGGGCUGCUAGACUAGCCAAAUAAUUUGUAGGGGCUGCUAGAAUGUAGAAAAGUUUGGGAAACACUGUAAAUGAUUAAUUGAACCUGUUGAGAUCAGAUGUUUGAAGAAAAAAAAUCAAAAAUAAAAUCUUAAAAAAGGGUGUGACUAUAGAUUACAUUCAAAGAUCUUGAACACAAAAGAACAUGGAAAAUUGUGGCAGUGAUGUCAUCCUCAGAAUUGAAUAUUUUUAUUACAGUUUGUGGAAGCUGUACAGCAUGAGCUAAUUUAUCAAUUAUUUUUGACAUUUGCAUUAACUUAUAGUUGAUUUACAUUCAGAGAGCAAUCAUUCAUUCAUUGUUUGUGAUUGGAUUUUGUGCAAAGCAGACGUUCAUUUCAAGGAAUUUUUGUAUGCGUCUUAUUUGUUUGAAGUGGUUAGCAGUUGUCCUCACUUACUGCCGCACAGAAAUUGAUUGACGUGUAAUGCGUCCUCGGUGCUUUUUAUAUGACUUGUCAUUCAGCCAACAAGAUAAUGCUAUGCUAAUAAAACCCUUAAACCUGUCAGUGCUUUCUAUAUGACUUGUCAUUCAGCCAACAAGCUAAUGCUAUGCUAAUAGAACCCUUAAACCUGUCAGUGCUUUCUAUAUGACUUGUCAUUCAGCCAACAAGCUAAUGCUAUGCUAAUAGAACCCUUAAACCUGUCAGUGCUUUCUAUAUGACUUGUCAUUCAGCCAACAAGGUAUGCUAUGCUAAUAGAACCCUUAAACCUGUCAGUGCUUUCUAUAUGACUUGUCAUUCACCCAAUAAGGUAAUGCUAUGCUAAUAGAACCCUUAAACCUGUCCGGUUUUUUAUUAUUUGGUUGUGGGCACAUUAGUGGCCAUGGUUUUGAGCAUUGAAACCAAACAUUAUUUAUGGUGUGCGUCUGAAACUAGUAAUAUCACUAAUAUCACAAUACACCAUCUUUUUUUUCGAAUCUAUUUCCAACAUCCAAAUUAAAACCUUGAAUUGACGAAGUGCCCUUUAACUGACAUUUUUGUUAAAAUGAGGAAGGCAUAUCCUCAAUAAUAAUGGAUUUUCAGAAAAUUAUAUUUAUUGCCUAGGCUGUAACUUACUGCCAGGUCCAUCUAUUAAAUUAAUAUGGUCCACCUCCUGCACUUAACGUACUACAACAACAACAUGCAGAUGGUGUAAUGUGUGAGAUUGUAUUAUGAGACCAUACUGUGUCAUCUCCUUAAAUUUAUGUUUGACAUGAUAUUGAAAUACGGCACUGUAAUUGGCCACAUUUAUGUGAUUAUUACAAACAUUUGUAUGACUAAGAAGAGUUUUAUCUCACGGAGUAUGACAGUUGUGAUAACCAGGAUUACAGAAGAUGGGUUCAAUCUUUAGUAUUGUGAUAAGAAAUCACUUGUAUAGUACAAAUCUCCUUUCUGCUGUCUUAUACACCCUGACACUUUGCUAACGAUUUGCCUUACUUACAUGUAACAGUAUCAGUAUUAUCUCUCUUAAUAAUGAGCUGAAGAUGAAUAGAAAAAUUAAAAAUUAAACCUCUAUAUUUUUAAGAUUGUAUUUACCUUGUAGAGAAAUGAGUGUCUAAAAGAGCUAAUCAUGAAGAGUACAUGGGAUGCCUUACUUUUUAUUAUACAGAUUUGUGCAGUAAAUUAAGUGUGAAAGUAGUGCAUGGUUCUUUGCUGUGUAACCAAAACUCAAUGACAGCAAAGCCAUGACAUUUGUCAGUUGGGGUUUUCACUUAUUCCUGUCAAUGGUAUUGCUAUCUGAUGAAUGCUGUAUGUUGUCAAACCUUAAAAACACCAAGGCUAAAAAUCACUUUUCCAUUUCUUUGGUUAUUCUGUUAAGCUCUUAUUUGUCACCCAAUCUGAUCACCUACAUGCUUUGACAAAACUUGAGAGUUUGAGUUAACUGAGAAAUUUUACAUGUGCAACUGUUCAGAUAUUUUUAUAUAUAUAUAUAUAUAUAUAUAUAUAUAUUUAUUGAAUCAAUGAUGACAAUCUGUUGACUGGCCCACUUUCUUUAUAAUCAAUGUUUUGAUAUAAUACUGCAUGACCAGGGCUAGCAACUUUAGCCAACCCUUGAUUAAAUCUAGUUUCUGGACCAGGAUCAAAUAUGGACAUGUUAAUCGAGUUCUCAGAACUAAUCAUACACUUUUUUUUUAAUACUAGUAUGGCAUAUAAAAAGGAUAAAAAAAUUAUUAAUUGUUGUAAUAACUUGUACUGUGUACAUUAUUGUUUUCAUAUAUCUAUAGAUUCAGUCUCUGUCUAUGAAACACCUCAUCAGAGGUCCAUGGAGCCAGCUAAUAUUUACUUUCUAUGUUAAUUAAACGUUAAAUAUUUAACACAGUGCUAAAUCUAUGACCUCCUGAUAUUUAUACAGUUUUUUUCCCUCUGAGAGGUAUGAUCUAUAUAUAUCUAUGAUCUAUAUAUAAAUCAACCUGUAUUAAUGCAAAGCAGCAAGGAGUCUGAUGUUGUCUAUGUUUGAUGUGGUGAUGUGCCUCUAUCCAUUCAACAGUUCUGUGCUUGUACAUCCACACAUGUUUGUAGGUUUUAUAUUUAUUGUUUUCAUAUGUAGUAGAUGUGCUGUUUAUAAGUUAUUUUAAAAAUCUUAAAAGAAAUUAUUUUUUUUUUUAAAUCACAUAAGAAGUAAAUGUAGUAUCCUUCAUACUGUAUUUCAUUUUUUUUUGUUUUGAAAAGGUCAAUUAUUUCUAAUUGUACUAGUCAAUUUCAAUCAAAAUAUGAAGGUUUUAAUUAGCACUGUUUGCAUUUGUCAAAGUCAAAAGUCAACGGUUCCAAGUUGGAAUAUUUUAUUUUGAAAGAAAAUUUGUUUCACCACAAAUUGUAUUCUUUUUUUUUUCUUAUUGUAAAAAUAUUCAUACAAUAAGAUUUGUAAACUUGAGUUAUUUAUACUCAACUCAUAACUGUAUAGCACAGGGAUGGGCAAACAAUGGCUUGCGAACUAAAUGUGGCUUGCGCCUCCUUUUUAAAUGGCUCAUGAAGCCAUUAAAAUAUUAUAAUAAUUAAAAUGACUAUAAAAUGGAGAAAAAAAUGAAUGUGUAAUUUAAAUUUUUGAUUGCAGAUGUUGCAACCUUAUGGGGUUGUUUCACUUUACUGGUGAAAUCCCAAUUUUCUGGGGGAUAUACAUUUUCUUCUUGUUGUGGAGUUACGUCCUCUUGAAUCUGGCUCGCAGCAAGAAAAGUUUGCCUGCCCUUGGUAUAGGAUAUAAAUAUUUAUUAAGAAAAUAAUACAUUAAUUUGUUUAAGAUUUCUUUUUUUUUUUUAAAUAAACCCUUUGAAAGUGGUAGAUGAAUGCUUACAAAAGAAUGCUUACAAAAUGUGAUUUAAUUUAACUCAGGUUACAAAAGAUAAAAACUGCUUUUUAAAAAAUAUUGUUAAAAAUUUAUCAACAUGCUAAAUGGAUAAAAUAUAUUAAAAUGAAAUCUUGUAAAUAAAUUUCCAUUGUGAAGAUAGGAAUGCUAGUCUUCAUUUACCAUGAUUUGAUAGAAUGUGUGAUGGAAAUGAAUUAUAAUUCUUAAAAAAUCCUACAUAUCUACACCGUAUUCUAGUAAGAGCAUGUAGUACAAUGAAAUACUAGAACAAGGUUUUGUGGAAGUUUGAAGCAAAAAACAGGACAAUUAGAUGUGAACGUUUCGGCUAUGGGCCUUCCUCAGCAAACAGGACAAAUGAAAAUACAACAAGAAACAGAGCACAGUUAAAAACCUACGUGAACGCCAUUGUUGUUGCGGGAAGUAGAUUUAUUAUCCUAUCAUGUGUAGAACAAUGAAGCCAUUGUGAUAUGCGACCCUCUUACAUCUUGCCAGCACACUGUUACCUUUAUAUCUUGUCAUGUUUAAACCCUCACCAGAUUAAAUAAUUUUUUCAAGUCUUAAACAUCUAGGAAAUUCAAGACUUAAUGAAACAUUAUUUUUUUUAUAUUCAACAGAACUUUCCAUGUAACUUUGUUUUAAUAACUUAAAUAAUGUAUUGCAAGACUUAAUUAAUCAAGAAAUUUAUUUCAACUUUAAUUUAUAAUAAGUAUUACUCAAAUAGUAAAGAAAGGACUGUCUUAUUUCCUGGUUUCCUAUUUAUUUGACUACCCGUAAAACUAUUGAUUCCUUACUAUAAAUUAGCAUAACAAAAUUGUCCCAAUGUUACCUUGAAUGCAUCAUUAAAGACUAAAUGUAUUAUUAUUUAGUAGCUAAUAUCUUUUUCUGUUUAGUCACAGGAAGUUGGGAGUGUACUCUCUAAAUUUCUUGAUUUCUAAAAAAAAAGUAUAGGUUUAGUCAAACAAAUAGAGAGUUCAAAAAGAAAUCACAAAUUUGACCAAAAUUUGAUCAUGGGAACUGAGAAUUAGGCAUACCCUGCUUUGUUAAAUGAGAUAUUUGGUAGGCAUGUGACCCAUUUUAGUUGAUGUUCAAUAUUAUUUGCAAUAAUUAAUCAAUCAAAAUAAAGGAGGUGAAGAGAAAGCCAACUGUAGAUUUGUUGGUUCAAAUUUAUUUCUAUUAUUUUUUUAUUUUUUAAAAUCUGAACUGUAUUUAAACUAAACUUAUCUAAUUUUAUUUCCCUUCUCCAACCUACAGGACUUAUUUUGUUUUUAGUAAGUCUAUUUCAGUCUGUCCUUAGCAAUAAAGUGUGUACCAUGCUUUUAAAUAAAG